GCAGCCGAGGGGGAGCCCGCGCCGCGCCUGCAGCUGCCAAGCAAGCGUUGGGAGCCCACGUCAGGAGAGCUGUCGGGAUAAAUAGGGUCCCGCAAUGGCCGUGGCGGGCUACGCUCGGUGCUGCGGUGUCCGAGACUGGAGCUUCUCUGGGCGAGUUUGCUCCCCAGAGGCCGAGUGCUGGCACUGCCGGUUCUCUGUGCUCAGGAGCGCGAUCAGCCACCAGAUCCCGCGGCCCCCUAUUGCAGGCGACUGAAGUUUGGGAAGGAAAGCCUUUUUGCGCCCCAAAAGACUUGCUCCUCGGAGAAGGGACAGCAAAAGACCAGCGGGGCAGGAAGAGAAGAAACCUUUCUACUUGUGGCAGUCGCAGCUCCAGAGGGCAGUGCCAUGCUCCUCUCGGUCCUGGUGGCGCUGUGCCUGUGGCUGCGCCUGGCUCUGGGCGUGCGCGGCGCGCCCUGCGAGGCUGUGCGCAUCCCCAUGUGCAGACACAUGCCCUGGAACAUCACGCGGAUGCCCAACCACCUGCACCACAGCACACAGGAGAACGCCAUACUGGCCAUCGAGCAGUACGAGGAGCUGGUGGACGUGAACUGCAGCGCGGUGCUGCGCUUCUUCCUCUGUGCCAUGUACGCACCCAUCUGCACCCUGGAGUUCCUGCACGACCCCAUCAAGCCUUGCAAGUCCGUGUGCCAGCGCGCGCGCGACGACUGCGAGCCGCUCAUGAAGAUGUACAACCACAGCUGGCCCGAGAGCCUGGCCUGCGAAGAGCUGCCAGUCUAUGACCGUGGCGUGUGCAUCUCGCCAGAGGCUAUAGUCACGGACCUCCCGGAGGAUGUCAAGUGGAUCGACAUCACACCAGAUAUGAUGGUACAAGAAAGGCCUCUUGAUGUUGACUGUAAACGCCUGAGCCCUGAUCGGUGCAAGUGCAAAAAGGUGAAGCCAACUUUGGCAACAUACCUGAGCAAAAACUACAGCUAUGUUAUUCAUGCCAAAAUAAAAGCUGUGCAGAGGAGCGGCUGCCAUGAAGUAACAACAGUGGUGGAUGUCAAAGAGAUCUUCAAGUCCUUGUCACCCAUCCCUCGAACACAAGUCCCGCUCAUAACGAAUUCUUCCUGCCAGUGUCCACACAUCCUACCCCAUCAAGAUGUCCUCAUCAUGUGUUACGAGUGGCGCUCAAGGAUGAUGCUUCUUGAGAAUUGCUUAGUUGAAAAGUGGAGAGAUCAACUUAGUAAAAGAUCCAUACAGUGGGAAGAGAGGCUGCGAGAACAGCAGAGAACAAUUGAGGACAAGAAGGGAACAGCUGGACGUACCAGUCGUAGCAAUCCCCCCAAACCAAAGGGAAAGCCACCUGUUCCCAAACCAGCCAUCCCAAAAAAGAAUAUUAAAGCUAGAAGUGCCCAAAAGAAAACAAAUCCAAAAAAAGUGUGAGCUAAUUGCUUUCCAAAAUGGAGACUUCCUUGCCGGAGGAGACCAGGCAUCACCUAGGACAGUCCACGUAAGGCCACAUGCUCCUUGCAGCACGUGACUGCAGCAUUCUUCAUAGACACAUCUUGCAAUAAUUUUCUUAAUGAUAUGCUUCACUUUUUCUUCCUAAGCCACACAAACCAUGUGAGUGGUUUGCUGGUUGGUAUGGAAGGUGUAAUAAAUAAAGCUGGUGAGAAAGUCUUUUGCAGGCCUGCAUGCAUUCUCUGUGUGACCUCCAUGUAGGGAAGAUGUGCUUCUGUUCUUACAGUUUGACU